CUCAUCUCUUUUUGGUUGUCUUUCACUUCCACUCACCUUUUUGCUUUUUCAUUUCCAUCUUUAUCUCUUUUCGCAUAGGUUUUCAUCAGUAUUUCAUUCGCAUUUCUUCAUUAGAUCAAGCUGAUUAUGUUCGGAUUUGUUUAGCUCAAAUUGCUGAUUUAGGACGCCAGCCACUGCUCGAGCUUUGUAUCUCGCUCUUCAAUGGCUGCCGAUACUGCCAUUAUUGCUUGGGGUUCAGGUGAAGAUGGUCAAUUGGGAUUGGGGAAUAACGAAGAAAGGGAAUGGGUUUGCGCCAUUAAAGCCCUUGAGUCUCAGAAUGUUUGUUCUGUUGUUGCUGGUAGCCGGAACUCCCUCGCCAUAUCCGAAGAUGGGAAGCUGUUUACAUGGGGUUGGAAUCAGAGAGGAACUCUUGGGCACCCAGCAGGAACCAAAGCUGAGAACGUUCCGAGCCAAGUGAAGGCUCUUUCUAAUGUCAAGAUUGUACAGGCAGCGAUUGGGGGAUGGCACUGUCUGGCUGUGGAUGAUCAAGGCCGAGCUUAUGCUUGGGGUGGUAAUGAAUAUGGUCAGUGUGGUGAAGAACCUGAGAAGAAAGAUGACACUGGUAGGCCACCGAGAAGAGAUAUAGCAAUUCCUCAACGAUGUGCUCCAAAGCUAAUAGUUCGUCUGGUUGCUGCAGGAGGUACACACUCUGUGGUACUUACACGUGAAGGACAUGUAUGGACGUGGGGCCAACCAUGGCCACCUGGAGAUAUAAAGCAAAUUUCUGUUCCUGUACGGGUUCAAGGUCUUGAUAUGGUGAGGCUUAUUGCAGUUGGGGCAUUUCAUAAUUUAGCUCUCCAAGAAGAUGGAACUUUAUGGGCAUGGGGUAAUAAUGAAUAUGGACAGCUUGGAACUGGUGACACACAACCAAGAUCACAGCCAAUUCCUGUUCAAGGGCUUUCUGGUCUUAUUUUGGUUGAUAUUGCAGCUGGAGGAUGGCAUUCAACUGCAUUGACAGAUAGCGGAGAGGUUUAUGGAUGGGGGCGAGGAGAACAUGGGAGGCUUGGGUUUGGAGAUAAUGACAAGAGCAGCAAAAUGGUUCCCCAGAAGGUUCAACUUCUGUCUGGAGAGGAUAUUGUUCAGGUAUCAUGUGGAGGCACACACUCAGUUGCAGUAACCAGUGAUGGCCGCAUGUUUUCGUUUGGGCGGGGCGACCAUGGGCGGCUUGGAUAUGGAAGGAAGGUAACAACUGGGCAACCAGAGGAAGUUCCGAUUGACAUUGCGCCGCCUCGUGGGAGCGAGCAUGGCCGUUGGAUUGCCAAACUUGUUGCCUGCGGUGGCCGCCAUACAUUAGCUCUGGUACAAUGGAAACCUGAGGAUUAAGCUAAAUAAUUAAUGGUGGUUAGAUCCUUAAGAUGAUCAUAUUUCUUUCUAUAAUAAUUAUAGGACAAGACAACAUCGAUUUGCAGCUCUGGUUUUUGUCAAGUCUGGAAGAAAGGAUUGUGCACUGUUGACUGUUCUGUCUAUUCUGUGUAGUAAUCUUCCAUGCAUCAGAUCUACGUAAUAAAAAACCAGUUUAGUACCA